UGCCUGGUAGUAACUACCAUUUACUGAGCAUUCACUGUACCAAGUGCUUUAUCACACUUAGUCCUCACACCAACUGUCAGGUCUACCAAAACUCUUAGGUCCACUUUACCCUAGGAAACAGGCACAGGUUUUCAUCUGGUGAAGACGAGGCAUUAAGUGGCAGAACGAGAGCUCUUCAUCACAUUUCGUGUUUGAAGUCGCUCAGCUGUAAACCCCCGAUUAUGACAGGUUUCCAUUCCGAGGCUCCAGAUGUCUGUCCUUCUAGCUUGGUGCCCGCCAGUGUGAUCAGUGUGGACAGAUCAAUGACCAAGCCAGGGAGUUGGUCCUUUCCCUUUAUCCCUCAUUCAUGACCAGAGGAAAGCCUGCCCUGACCAUGUCUCACAUCGGGUACACGCCUUGUCCACUGAAUAGACCAAGCACCAGAGGGCAGGGGUAUCUGAUACUCUGUGUUGGGCCCAGUGCGGGGGGUAUGUGUGUGUGUCUGAGGCCUAACAUCCCGGGAUCGGAGUCCCGCUUCCCACUGGAACCAUGCCUGUCCCCAUCCCAAUGAGGCUGGACGCUGGGAAGCAGGGGAGGAUGAAUCCGACCGUCAGGGGACUUCUUAGGGAGAGGAGCGACCUGGGGGUGAGGGCUCUGAGGAGUGAAACCACUUCCUGUGCAGCUAGUUCCUGUGUUGACAGAGCUGGAGGGGAGGAGAGGGGGAGGGAACAGAGUGGUGCGGGUUGGGGUCCACGGCGGCUCUGGAGAGGGGAAGGCCCUGAGUUCUCGCCCACCUUGAAAGGCCUCCACUGCUGCUGGAGGGGCCGGCCAGCCUCUGCGCCCCUGGGGAAGAGGUUGAGCAAGCAGUUUGGGGCAUGGAGGCUGAGAGACCCCAGGAAGAAGAGGAUGGUGAGCAGGGCCCCCCUCGGGAUGAGCAUGGCUGGCCCCCUGUAAACACCACCGUUCGACCUUGGCGAUCUGCUCCUCCAUCCCCUCCUCCAGGGACCCGCCGCACAGCCCUAGGACCCCGCUCGGCCUCCCUGCUCUCCAUGCAGACUGAGCUCCUCCUGGACCUCGUGGCUGAGGCCCAGUCCCGCCGCCUCGAGGAGCAGAGAGCCACCUUCCACGUCCCCGAGGAUCCCCCAAACCUAGCCCCAGCCCCACCCCGGCCCCAGGAGGACAGAGAACAGCUCUACAGCACCAUCCUCAGUCACCAGUGCCAGCGCAUGGAAGCCCAGCGGUCAGAGCCCCCCCUACCCCCAGGGGGACAGGAGCUCCUGGAGUUGCUGCUGAGAGUUCAGGGUGGGGGUCGAAUGGAGGAACAAAGGUCUCGGCCCCCCACUCACACCUGCUGAGAUCUGAGCCCCCCACCAGCCCCUCCUCACUCCCGGGGCUCCAAGCGGGGCAGCCCGCUGCCCACCCUCAACCCUGCUGGGCAGGGGCGCCAGAAACUGGACCCAGCACAAAUCUGUCCAUCGUCCUCGCCCAUGUUCCUGGGAACUGAGGGGGUGAAAGGCCUCGCACCCUGGGAAUAGUCCAGGUAGGAUGUCACCCAGGACCCUCCCUGAGUGCGCGGAGCCGGAGGCAGUGAGGGUCCCAGCACCCAGGGACACCCGUCCCUACUCCGACCUCAGGGAGUGGCUUGAGUCUGGGUCCUGAGCGGUGGGGGCACCCCAGACGUCCAGCCGCUAGGCGGGAUCUGGGGCUCGAGGCCUCCAACUCCCAAGAAAAGACUAGUCCCGUCCCCUCAGGCCGUGACCCGAGGGACAGUCCCCCCUCCUUCCCAACCGGAAAGGGGGCGUGGGCCUCGCCGGGACGGACUGCGCGCCCCCGCCCCGCGCCAGGACGCCCUCCGCCGUGCACGGCUCGCCCUGCCCGCCCCCCUGCUCCGCGGGCCCAAGUUUGUUGUGAAUAAAGGUGUUCCCCUCGGACUGGACUGUGUCUGGGCUG